AUGGAUCAUGCAGAACAGGAUAAAGAGAGCAUCAGCCCGCGAGUCUGCAUUCUCAACCCGAAUAGCAACAUGGAGAUGGGGAUUGAACCAGCCGAUUCGGACAGCGAAAUCUACUCAGCUGACUCUCAGCCUCUGGAAGAGGAGAGCGAUGCUCUUGGCCGAAAUGAGCAAAUGGAGGACCUCUCAGCACAUGCAAUAACAUCGUCAAAUUUCACGGACAACCUCGCCCUCAGUCUCCUUGAUCGAGCCAGUUUUAUGGACCAUAUCACCGGCUCCCGAACCUCUGUUGGCGCACUCACAUACGGGUGCAUCGAUUACGCAACCGACAUACAAAGAUCAAGUAAGUUCUUUCUCCUCCACGAUGCACUGGAGCGAAGGCUAACCCCAACGCCGUCCGUCGCUAUGUGCCCGCACUCUCCAAGCUCCGAAAAGACAUUCCGGUCUGGAUUCGCGCGAACCCUUACAAAUUUAUUGGCAUCUUAG